GUCCGCUCGCCGCCCGCCGAAUUUGCCCAUCUCCGCGCGCUGCAGCGCAGCACAUACGCAGCUCGGAUACGGCGCCCACCGCUGACGCUACAAGUCCUGCGAGCCGCUCCUCAGCGCUCACUUAGCCCCCACGCUCAGGCUCACUGACCGCCCAGGGCUGGAUUCUCGCUCGCCACGAUGCUAGGGCUCUGGUUCUUCCACGCGCUGGCCUUCCAGCGCAAUCGGCCGGCUCCACGCCGCGCCUUCGCUCGCGCCGCCACCUCUGCGGCACUCCUGGCCGGCGCGCUGCGCGAACAGAAGCUGUACCUGCGGCUGCGUCGAGGUGGUGCCGCCUCGAGAAAGCCGCGAGCGAGCCUAGCGUUGCCGCCGUUCGGCGUCGACUGGACCCGCGGCUGCGACGGGCAGCGCUCCGGGCUGGACACACACGGCAGUGGCGCCGAGGCGCGCUUGGGAACAGCCGCGACGCCGAAGUCGGUUGCGCCGUCCGAACAAGGCUACGCGCCUCGCUGUCAGUGGCCCCCAAUCGCAGCGCAGCGACGGCAUGGCAGAGGCUCGAAAAGCCGAAUCCGAAAACGCACACAUUACUACACAGCUCGGCGUCGAGCUGUGGCGUCAGCGGCGCCCGCACCGACGCUCCAGCGCAGGACGUCUCACCAAGCACGCACGUCCGGCACAUCCUUGGCUUGCAGCUCAACAUUUCAGCAGGACUCUUUUGCAUCCCCUUUCCCGCUCCGGCAUUGAGGUAUUUGCAGCGACGAGCGAGCCGCUGCACGGGCGCAAGCGUGCUCAUGAGCGCCGCAGCAGCUUGCUGCAAGCGCACCCUCUGACGGCCAAUGCCGGCUGCGGGGCGUUUCUGGCGCUGCUGAGCUUGAA